UACAGAUACAGCAAGAUGAGCAAUGAUGGCCUGGGAUCCUGGUCCACUUUGAAUGCUUCAUUGGAAGAGAUUGGAGCAGAAAAUGGAACUGACCUCUUAACCCCCCAGGAUGAUUUUGAUCAUGAAUUAUCACCAUAUCGUAUAGCAGACAUUCUUAUCCCCAUUUUACUUAUCUCCAUUUUACUUCUUAGCAUUUUUGGAAUCAUUGGGAAUGGAACUGUCAUCUGGUUUCUUGGCUUUUCCAUGAAGAGGAAUCCUUUCACCACCUUCAUCCUGCAUCUGGCUGCUGCUGACCUUGGGGCUCUCAUAUCCUUAUUUACUUUUUCCAUUAUAUAUCUUCUGAGGUCAUUUUUAUCUGUACCUCCCUAUAUGCAUUUGAUUGUAUUAUUGUUUUCCAAUCUUUUUAUCUUCAUGUACAACACUGGUCAAUAUCUGUUAACAGCCAUUAGCAUGGACAGGUGUGUUUCUGUUGUUUUCCCACUUUGGCAUAGAUGCCACCGACCACCACACUUUUCCACCCUUGUGUGUGCCACAAUAUGGAUCACUUCUUUCCUGCUCACUGUAAUCAGCAUGAUUGUUUCUAUUUUUAACAUUCUACCGUAUACCAUUUUAUUCCAGUUUCUAAUGAAUGCUAUACUUUGCCUCCCACUCAUGACUGUUUCCACUCUGGUCCUGUUUAUAAAAGUUUACAUUAGAUCAAAACAGAGGAAGAAGGGAAAAGCUUUAACAGCCAUCCUACUUGCCCUCCUCUUCUUCCUCUUCUUAGCUUUCCCUCUUUCUUGCAUUGUAUUAAUCAGUUUUUUCACUCCAUUUAUAACCUAUUUUGCGGAAUCUGUUGGGUUCUUAUGCAGCUGCCUGAAUAGCAGUAUUAACCCACUGAUUUAUUUCCUGAUUGGGAGAAACAAGAGGGCUCGAUCCAGGGAGAGCAUGAAGGUCAUAUUCCAGAGACUUUUCAAAGAAGAGGAAAACUGCAGAGAGAAAUGAGAAGUUUCAGUUCAAACCCGGAUGUGAAGAAAGACUUCAAAAUAGCUCAGAAAGCUUCAUUUUCUAUCUCUUGGUGUAUUUCUUGGUACUUGUUUUCCUCUGUGCUCGCUAUUUUAUUAUUUUGGAUUCAGUUACUCUGUUAAUUUUUGUUCUUGUUGCAGGAGUAUCGUUAAAAGCCCCUUGGAUUGGCCAUUUGGCAGGAUAAAUGUUUUACAUGUUUUAGAAAAUUAAAUAAAAAUAAAUGCCGCUUUAACAGUG